AUGAGCGAUUCUCAAAGCGACCAGCAGAAGGGUCUGCCCGCUUCAACGGCGACGCCGACAGCCAAGGCGGGCGCACGAAAAAAGAGCCGACCCACCUAUUCUUGCCUCAACUGUCACAAACGAAAAGUCAAGUGUGACAGAGUGAAGCCAUGCGGUGCCUGUUGUCUUCGAGGCACUCCGUCAGAGUGCGAAUAUGGCACCAGCAAGCGAGAUCGCCACUAUAUCCAGCAGUCGGUUCUGAUCGACAAUCUGGUGCAGACAUGCGAGGACCUGAAGAAGCAGCUGGCUGAGGCGCGAGCGCUGGCCAAUCUUCCCCCGGUCAAGCACGAGGACCCCUUCUCGGUCUCGUCGCCAAAUGACCUCGCGGUGCCUAAUGAGGAGGAAGAGGCGCAAAACCCGGAGUCUCGAGAUUCCUCGUUGAUGAAAAAGUCGUCCGACCCAUCAGACAUAGUAUCAUCUGAAAGCACCAAUAUACCAUGGAAACCAGCUCCGUCGUCUCGAUCGCUCAGUGAAGACAAACGACUCCUGACGGACCCAGCGGUCGCCAGUUCGUUCGUGGAAGUCUUCGUCGAGCGUCUCAUUGACAAUUUCAGCCCGCAGCCAGCCUCCCUCUAUGGCGGCACCAUUGCUCUGCGCGAGGCAUCUCGCAUGCGAGUUCUCUCGCCUAUGCUGUGUACCGCAUUCGAGGCUGCCUCUCUGACAUUUGCCGGUAAACGGGAGCAGAUCCGCGAGGUGGAAGCCGUAGGACAUGCGCGCUACGUUCGCGUCCUCCGGCAACUGCAGAACGCGCUGAACGAUUCAAAGCAGAACAAGUCGACGGAAGUAAUGGUCGUUGUAUUAUUGUUCACCAUAAUCGAGGCCUUCAAGCAAAGCUCCAAAGAUUCCUUGCUGAAGCACCAACUCGGCGGACUGCAAUUGCUGCAAGCACGGACACCAUACCGACAUCGCUACGGAAUCGAUCGAUCGCUGUACGUCGAUCUCCGCUUAUACUGGGUUACCGCUGCGCUCGUCCAGCGCAAACCCACCUUCCUCGCGAGCAAGGAGUGGCUUACGGUCCCAUGGCCGGGAGACGCUCCAUCCAAGGACAUCCUCCACCGACUGCUAGACAUCGCGGUAGACAUCCCCGCGUACCUCGGGCAGAUCGACGACUUCGCCGCGGCGCUCCGGUCCGGCACCGUGCCCUCGACCGAGCUUGUCGCCCAGCAGACCGCUAUCUGGGACCGCGCGACAGAACUACAGUCACGGUUGAACCUGUGGAAGAGCAUGUUCGCCGAUACCUAUCCCCCGGGGCGAGCAUGGGAGGAGCCCGCGCCUGAUCCAGCGACCAAAUCUGAAACAGGGACGACCUUCCCGACAUUCAUGUGCCGGGACCCGGCGACGAUGGACCUCGUACCGGCCAAGUUACUGGUCUACCCGGACCUUCUCUCCGCAACCUGCAUGACCUACUACUGGGCACUACAUCUCAUCGUCUCGACGACAGACAGCGGGCUGGUGAGCGUGCUGGGUUUACAGGAGCGGUAUCAGUAUGCGUGCAACAUCUGCCGCAGCAUGAAGUACUACGUGGAGACUAUCCCCGGGUGCCUGGUAUCGCGGAGCAUGUUUGUGCUGCGGACGGCGUUUGACGCGUUUGCGGACGGGAUGGUCGAGAAGGAGUUUGUGACUGAGGUGUUUCGGCAUAUUGCGGAUAAGUUUCAUUUUUCGGUUUUUGCGAAUCAUUGUGCGUCGUCUUCGGUUGGGGGUUAG